GAGUUUCCCAAUGGUCAGUCCGCCCCUGGAGCAGACAGUACAUCCAUUUGAAUGGACUCCCGUGCGCCGUGGCACGCAGGGAAGAAUUCCCUGCAGUUCUUCUGAAAACACAGCCCACACGGGAACCACAGUUCCCAGUACGGUUGCGUUUUCCAGUGCAGACGGCGUGCCAUUAGUACUAAUGGCACCCGCCUGCGGGUCCGCAUUCCUCUGUGUGGGUGGUGCAGCUGCAUAGAUUUUCGUGCGGAUCCGCAGCAGCAGCACCCGCACAGAUGUGAACCUAGCCUAA